AUGACCGAGACACCCCCGACCGACUCGCUGUACUUGGAUUCCGACGUUGCGCGCGAGCAACGGAUGCACGCGGAGGCCGAAAUGGACGCCAAUGCUGCCAUCCAACCCGACGAACAGGAAGGUUUACUCGGUGGCGUGAAGAAUAAAUUCGACUCGACGGCUACCGGAAGCUCGAUUUCGGAGUUUGGGAGCACAGUCAGCAAUAUUGCGCAGGAGAAGGCUGGUGCGGCUAAGGAUGUCAUUAUGAAUACUGCUGUGCCGGCUGCACAAGGGGCAUUGAAUACUGUGCAGGGGCAUGUUCGGUCUAUUUCUGGUGGGAAGGGGACUGAGAAUAUGGUUUCUGAAGAUCCUGACCCGAGAUCACACGAAGAAGACGAAGUCAUCGAUAAUAUGAGCAACGAGCAGAUUUGUGACUUUCUGCGAGAGAAACAUAGGAGCAACAAGCUUCCCCCGACGACGAAUUAG